AUGAAUAAACCUAUUAAAACCAUACCUUCAAAAAAAGGGGGUGUUAAAAUCAAUGUUGGUAGUUAUUUAAUAACCAAAGAAUCAAAUCGCAAAGAUACCUAUUAUUGGUGUUGCGAUAAGAGAAAAGAUAGGUGUAAAGACCAUGCAGUCACUAAGUUGCUUAAUAAUACUCAUAUUUUUAAAAGUUUUACCAAACAUAAUAGUCAUGCACUAGAGGUGCAUAAAGUUGAGAUUGCAAAAAUAACAGAUCAAAUUAAACGCCAGGCCAGAGAAACACAGGAUAAGCCUGUAAAAAUUGUACAAGAUACUGUUAUUAAUACACAGAGGAAUUUCGUCUCUAUAUUCCAUUACUAG